CUUAUUAUUAUACGGGAGUGAGAAAGUGACUAGUAGAUUAAGUAAACUAGACAAAUAAAGAAGAAUUAUUACACUAAUUAAAAAAGGCACUUAAUUGUUAAUUAUUGCCUUAAGUGUGACCUGUAGUAGAAGGAUGCGUGAUCCGAGUAUUUUAUUGUCAAGGACACAUACCCUCCUCUAUUAAAGCAACUUCAAAUUAAGCACACUCUCACAAUCAUCCCAACACAAACUCUCUCUUCAUUUUCUCUCUCCUCUUUCUAAGCUACUCACUCUUAAGUCAAAGUGCUUAAGACUUAUUAGCUAACUUCUCACUUACGACAUACCUACUAUAUCUUCUUCAACCUAAUUAAACCAUACUAUACUAUAUAAGUAGUAUAUAUCAUUGUCGUUAUUGUUAUUGUUACUGUUAUUGCUAAGCACACGUGAAUCUAAAAUUAUUAUUCCUAGAUGGAAUACCUUGGCGGCAUGAGUACCAACGCAAAUACAGCAAUAAAGUCUCCUUCGCCUAGGAGUAAAAGAAAACACAACCAACAACAACAACAAGAAUCACCCCCGAGUACUAUUAGAUACUUGGGGGUGAGGCGACGUCCUUGGGGGCGCUAUGCAGCCGAAAUAAGGGACCCCACCACAAAGGAGCGUCAUUGGCUUGGCACCUUUGACACCGCGGAGGAAGCUGCCCUAGCCUAUGACCGGGCUGCCCGGUCCAUGAGAGGCCCGUCCAGGGCCCGAACCAAUUUUGUUUACUCUGACUCCCCGGCGGGGUCCUCAGUCACAUCCAUCCUCUCCCCGGACGACCAGUCUCACCUUAACCAAAUCUUUUUCACUAAUGGGCCUUCCUCGGCCCAAACCCAGCCCAACCCCACUGAUCAAAAUUUUUGGGCCUGUUGGAGUAAUAAUACUAAUUAUCCUCAGCCCAUUAAUAACAAUAAUUAUCAACCUUGUGUUCAAAAUAAUAAUGAAGUUACCAAAGAAGUUGAACUUCCUCCUUUACCCCCGGAUAUUACCUCGAGUUACAACAUGGGCUUCGGUAUGGGUUUGGGUAUGGAUAUGGAUAUGGGUAUGGGUAUGGAUAUGAGUCAAUGGGUCGGAAAUGACCCGGACUUUAUCGGAUUCUCUAGUCACAUUGGGUCAGUAGGGUUCGAUAACAUAGUUAGUACCGAACCCAAUAUGAGUGGUACAAGUAAUGGGACGACCAUUUUAAACGACAAUAACCCGUAUAAUUCAGUCAUGCAACAUAGCCCGCUUUUUAGCAAGAUGCCGGUUGUAUCCGACCCGGUUUUCGACGGGUUUGACUUGGGUUCCUCUUCAGCUUACUUCUACUAAACCCUUUUUAAUUUAUUUUUUUUGAACAACUUUCUCUUUUUUUUGUAUUUUUCUUUUAAUUUACCACGUACUUUCGUUGGCGCUGUUUUUCUUUUCAUUGUUUUUGGUUGGGGUUCUUCUUCAUAGAUAGAGUUUACAAUAAGCAAUUGUACCGAGCUCAUCGACACCACGAAAUCGAAUGUCAUUGACUACAUACUAGCUUAUCGGGAAAACUAGCUAAUAUUUGUUCAUGAUCACAAAACAGAAAUGCAAAGCACGGUGUAAUUGCUUCAUUAAGUUUAUUGCAUGUAUUGUAAUAUUUUGUUUAGUUUUCAUACAUUUUAACUUCCUAUUAUUUUCUCAUCCUUGUAAGAAUUAAGAAAUUAUACAACUUGGAUUUUAUAAGUUUAAAUGUUUAAUACUCCGUAUUUAUAAAAAGGACGUAAAGGUAUAUACGUACCCGACGUAUUUAUUUUAAUAUUAUGUUGGAGUUAAUAAUUAUAUAAAAGCUUUUGUAAUAAUUUAAUAAAGCUGCUAAUACGCAUAAUAAUUGUGAGGUGAUUAAAUCAUUGAGUUGAAAAUGUUAGUUUUGGAAUGUUUUGAUUUGAAUGUGUAAGUGAAGAAAUUAAUAUACGUGCAUGCAUGAUGUAAGUAUGAUACUAUUGCCACGAAAGCUUCGCAAGGAUUCAUGCACACGUCUUUAGCUAUAUUACUAUUCAUGAAUAUAAUACAUCCAAUAUUCUACUGUAAAAUAAAAUAAAAAGUAAAAAAAAAAAAAAAAAAAAAAAAGGUUUGUCCCUAGCUACGUAGUUAGUCCCUAUCCCCCCCUC